AUGAAUGUUUCAGAUAUCAGAAAAUUAUUUGUAGUAAACACUAAUGAGAUUUUAGAAAGUGCUAGGCGAAUUGGUGCAAAAAUAAAUUUGAAUAAGGAAGAAAUUGUAAAUUCAUCAAAUUUAGUGGUUCCUAUGGACGAAUCAUCUCUUGCGAACAAGACGAAUGCCGAAAGAAGAUAUUCUUCUUAUUCCAACUACCUGAGAAGCGACAGAUACUUGCAAAAUACUCGCACCAGCGUCAGCGACGACAGUUACAUAUUGGAGAGGAAGUUGUUUGAAUCAAUGGAUGCUCUGUCAGUUAUCGGAGUCAGACAUUGUUUCGAUACGAACCGGACUUUUGCCAACCGAAUCAUUUGGAGCAUUCUCGUUCUAUUCAGUGUGUCUGUGGCUGUCUACCAAAUUUACGACCGCGUCAACAUGUACCUCCAACUUCCGACGUCAACCGAAGUUAGUGUCGUCUCAGCAAAAAUGUUGAACUUUCCACAAGUGACCGUGUGCAACAACAAUUACAUCAAACUCUCUGCUGCCAGAGAGAAAGGUUUGGUCGAAUAUUUCAAGCAGUUCAUGCCCCCAUUUAGCUACGGACGACGCAAUAAGAGUGUAGAGGGUUUCAACGUCCAUAAGGAGACGAACGAAUCAAAAUUUAUCGAGAACAGACUAUUCCUAUCUCAUGGCCUGGAACAGAUAAAAAUGUGCCUCUGGAACCACGAUCGCUGUCCAAACAACACAAUAACCACAAGAUUCACCAAUUAUGGCCAUUGUCUCUACCUCGAUUCCAGAAAGUUGAAUCUUACAAUAACACGAUCCGGAGCAACACACGGACUUAUCUUGUUGUUGAAUGCCAGUCAAACCGAGUAUUUCAUCCAACAUUCUGGAACAGUUCUACUGCAUGAACCAGAUGAACCACCACGGGUGGAAGAACUGGGGUUCAAGGUCAAUUUGGGCGUAGGAACCAAUGUGGCAGUUUCCCUUAAAAAUAUCACGAGACAAAACAAGCCCGUUGGAGUCUGUUCUGACAGGCGCGGCUACCAUCCUGUCAACUGCGAAUACAAAUGCAUUGCAGCUGACAUUGUUAAGAAAUGCAAAUGUAGACCUAUCUAUAUUGAAGCCAUUUCUAACGAAUCAAUCUGUGAUUAUCACGAAGAAAGUUCUUGCGCGAAUCUCGUGGUUGAUCAAUUUUACGACAGGCGAUCCAGCGGCUCAGCUGGCUGCACCUGCCCUCCCCUCUGCUCUGAGAUCAAAUACCACCCAUCUGUCACUGGUGCAUCUCUCAGCAAGAGUUUCAUGAAAGCCCUACCUUCAGCGAGUCGAAACAACAAAACCUUUUCAGAGGUAACAUACGAUACAACCAUGCUGACGAUUUACAUCAGCAGUUUGGAAUACACGCACGUCAACACGGACGUCAACUACUCGUUUAUGGCACUAUUAAGCGAUCUGGGAGGUGCACUCGGGCUUUUGUUAGGCGCUACUUUUUUGACUUUCCUAGAGGCCUUAGAAUUGAUUUACGAUUUGGUUUUGUAUGCCAGAGUUAAGAAGAAAAUGGCCGAUGCAGCUAAAAAUAAUAACCACAAACAUAUUUGUCGCUGUAAAAAUGAUGACUAUCGCCAUUUGGAGCGCAAGUUAUUAGAAUCGAUAGAUUCAUUAUCCGUAAUUGGAUUCAGGCACUGCAUUGAUGUGAAUCGUACAUCAUCCAGCAGAAUUCUAUGGUCCAUUCUUGUUCUAUUCAGUGUCGGAUUUGCGAUCUACCAAUGUUACGAACGCAUAGAAACCUAUUUUAAUUACCCAACGUCUACUGAGAUCAGCGUCGUCUCAUCGAAGGUCAUGAACUUUCCACAAAUUACCGUCUGUAAUAACAAUUACAUCAAACUGUCAGCCGCAACUGAAGCAGGAUUAGUGAAAUAUUUUAAAAAAUUUAUGUGGCCGUAUGAGACGGAACCACUAAGCAAGAAGAUGAGUGGAACUGUGGGAAGCAUGCCACAGGAAGGGGACAACGAGAAACUUGUUGGAAUGAGAAAGAUGUUGUCGCCUGGAUUAGAUCAGAUCGUUAAAUGCUUGUGGAAUAAUCACAUCUGUCCAAGAGACAUGAUUACGACUAGGUUCACCAACUAUGGACGAUGUCUUUUUCUUGAUUCAAAAAAGUUGAAUUUGACGGUAUGGAGGCCAGGCUCAAAGCAAGGGCUUCUGCUUAUCUUGAACGCCAAUCAAUCCGAUUAUUUCAUCCAACAAACCGAAGCAGUUGGGUUCACGGUUUUGGUCCACGAACCAGAGGAGCCACCGCGAAUGGAGGAGCUUGGUUUCAUGAUUAACACCGGCGAAGAAAUAGAUGUGGCUGUAUCCGUCACCAAAAUCACAAAAUGCAACCCGACUGGUUCAUGUUCUAGCGAUCCAACGUACCAUCAAUUGAAAUGUGAAUGGAGGUGCAUUACAAAGAAAAUUGUAAAGUGGUGCAACUGCAGACCCAUCUACAUGGAAGUAGCAAUCGCUAACGAGCCAAUAUGUGAUUAUUUCAACGAGGAAUCCUGUGCCAACCACAUCAUAGAUGACUUCUACGAAAUGAACUCCAACGGCUCUUUGGAAUGUCCAUGUCCACUUCCCUGCAACCAGAUAAACUACCAACCAUCUGUCACUGGAUCAGCACUGAGCGAGAAUUUUAUUGACGCCUUGAAACAUGUCUCCGAAACGAACAUAACACGCAACUCAACCAUUUUGAAAAUUUACCUGAGCAGUCUACAGUACACGCACAUAAACACUGUCUUGAGAUACAGCUUCAUGGCCCUAUUAAGCGAUCUAGGAGGAGCUCUGGGUCUCUUGUUGGGUGCCACUUUUCUAACUGUUUUGGAAGUUGUUGAAUUAGUUUAUGAUUUUUUCUUAUUUAUUAAAUUUAAAAAAAAGUGUCCAUUUGCACGUCAUUUUUGA